UGCCCUACAACUUCCUUCAGCGGAGCGCCAUUUUCGGCGUUGUUACGGGACUACAGCAUGCUGUUGUCAAACAGAUAAUAAGACCAGUAUAUAACGUUGUAAGACCUCUAUUUCAGUAUUCAUUAGAAAUGGGACGAAAGAAGAAGAAGCAGAUGAAACCAUGGUGCUGGUACUGUAAUCGAGACUUCGAUGAUGAAAAGAUCCUCAUCCAGCAUCAGAAGGCAAAGCAUUUUAAAUGCCAUAUUUGCCACAAGAAGUUGUACACAGGCCCAGGCUUGGCUAUCCAUUGCAUGCAGGUACACAAAGAAACAAUUGACAGUGUACCAAAUGCAAUUCCCGGAAGAGUAGACAUCGAGCUGGAGAUCUACGGUAUGGAGGGGAUUCCAGAGAAAGACAUGCAGGAAAGAAGACGAACAUUAGAACAGAAAUCACAAGAGAGUCAAAAGAAGAAGUCAAACAAUCAGGACGACUCCGAUGAGGACGACGAUGACGAUGAUGAAGCAGGACCGUCGGUUCAGCAGGUCGCUGCUGUCCAGCAGCCUCAGCCAGGCUACGCUGCUCCAAUGGCCCAGCUUGGGAUGCCUCCUGUGGCUGGUGGAGCUGGGAUGCACCACGGAGGAUAUCAAGGAAUGCCUCCCAUGAUGCCUGGCGUUCCUCCCAUGAUGCACGGCAUGCCCCCUGCCAUGCAUGGGAUGCCACCAGGCAUGAUGCCCAUGGGUGGAAUGAUGCCUCCCAUGAUGCCAGGGAUGCCCGGUAUGCCCCACGGAAUGCCACCUCACAUGGCUCCAAGGCCAGGGAUGCCCCAUAUGGCCCAAGCUGCUGCAGCCGGAGUGAUGCCCAGUCGACCGGCAGUACCAGUGGCCCAGCCCGCUGUCACCAAGCCCCUUUUCCCCAGUGCAGCACAGAUGGGCGCUGGUGUUCACAGCAGCACAGCAGCCGUUUCCUCUCCAGCUGCAGACCUUCAGUCUGCCUCCUCUCAGCCUCCCUUUCCUAACACGCCUCAAGCCCAGCAGAGCACUUCAGGAGCUGCCGCUUCAAACUCCCACAGUGCAGCCGCCUCCUCCUCCGACCCUCCCAAAGCAACAUUCCCUGCCUACACCCAGCCCUCUGUCUCUUCUUGCUCUUCCACUUCUUCCUCUUCUAACCCCUCUAGCAGCACUGUGGCCAAACCCCCGGCCACAGUGGCCACCAAACCCGCCACCCUCACCACCACGAGUGCAACUAGUAAGUUGAUCCAUCCUGAUGAGGAUAUCUCACUGGAGGAAUUGAGGGCCCAGUUGCCCCGCUACCAGCGACUCACACCCAGGCAGGGUCAGGCCCAUAUCGCUGCUCCCCCUGUGGCGGCUGUGGGCGGCAUAAUGCCCCCACAGCAAGGCAUGCCACUACAGCAGCCUGGCAUGAGGCAUCCCAUGCACGCAGGUCAGUACGGUGCUCCUCCUCAGGGCAUGCCGAGCUACAUGCCUGGAGGGAUGCCUCCAUACGGGCAGGGUCUUCCUAUGGUGCCCCCUUACCAGGGAGGCCCGCCCAUGGGCAUGAGGCCGCCCGUCAUGUCUCCGGCUGGGCGCUACUGAAGCGGGCAAAGCAGCCACCACAUUAGGUUUGAGGUUAACACCUUUCUCUCAUCCUUGUGCUUUUGUCAAACCUAGCUGCGAGCAAAGAGCAGUGAGACCAGUGGUGGUGAAGACAAAACAUUAUUUGUUAGAACUAAUGGACAUUU